UUGACGAGGGACCGGCAGUCUCGGCCCGAGCUGAGGAUGGCUGCGCCCGACUCCUUCCCGCUGCUGGUCGAGGGGUCCUGGGGCCCCAACCCCCCGAAAAACUUGCGCACCAAGUUACAGGUGUACUUCCAGAGCACGAAGAGAUCGGGAGGAGGGGAGUGUGUGGUGCAGCCGGAGCCCGGGAGUCCGUCCCGCUUCCUGGCGCUCUUCUCCCGCGAGGACGUUCGGCAGAAAGUUCUGGAGAGAGAGAAUCAUGAAUUAAUAUGGCCAGAAAAAGGAACAUUCAAAUUAACUGUCCAGUUGCCCACAGCCCCAGAUGAAAUCCAUGGUGUCUCCAAGGAGGAGAAUCCACAAAAGGAGUCCAAGACCAAAGAUGAUUCAGAGAAACCAGAUGUGUCAGAAGAACUGGAUGCCAAACUCUCUCUAGAUGGAACAUCUGAAAAAAUGGACACUAUCCCAAAAGAAAGUGAAAAUAUUUCCUUGUUGGUUGCAUUUGAAAAUUUCAGGGAAAAUGUGACUGACAUUAUGUUAACCUUGUUAGUGGAGAACAUAAGUGACCUGUCAGCAAGCACUGAUGACUUUCAAGUGGAAAUAAUACGAGAUGUUGAUGUCGCCGUAGUUACCUUUCAAAAACGUAUAGACAUCAUGAAAUUUAUUGAAGAUUGUUCCAAGCACCGUACACUUAAACAACUUCAGCUUUCUCCAAGACUUCUGGAAGUGACAAAAACAAUCAGGAUUGAAAACCUGCCGCCUGGUGUGGAUGAUUAUUAUUUAAAACUUUUCUUUGAAAAUCCUGAUAAUGGAGGGGGAAGAGUUGCCAGUGUUCAAUGUUUUCACGAAGAGAGUUCAGCCCUGAUUGAAUUUUUUGACCGAAAAGUGCUCGAUGUCAUCUUGACCAAGAAACUUGUCUUCAAUAAAAUGCCACUUUCUGUGUUCCCAUAUUACACCUCUUUGGGCACAGCCUUGUACGGAAAAGAGAAGCCUCUGAUCAAGCUUCCAGCACCACUGGUAAAGCCGCUGGCUCUACCCAUAUGGAAGUUCUUACAGAAAAAGAGUCACCUGAUGGAGAAGAUAAAUGAUGAAAUGGGACUUUGGCACUGUGAGCUCAUAUGGCCCCAACUCAAUUGUGAAGUUACCAUCAGGCCUGCGGCCACCUUAAUCAAUAAAGAAAGAAGAAGAAUCAAGACCUGGAGUGAAGAUGCUUCCAGAGCAUUCUUGGGCAUCAUGUCUAACUAUAAAUUUGUCCUAUUUAAUGUGGAUCCAACAGUGUGGGACACCAUAAAAAAUGAUUUAGAAGAUGACAGGAUUUUGCUUGAGUAUGAUAUGCUUGAGGAGAUGAUAACCAUAGUGGGGAAAUCAGAGGAUGUACAAAUCAUUGAGCCACAAGUCAAUAGAUUAAUAGAAAGCAUCAUUCAAAAGAUUAAAAGGGAACAAGAAAGUCUGAAGGAAAAAUUGGCUGUUGAUCCGGGAAAAUAUUUUCUUUUGUGCCAGAGUGGUGUACUAGAGUGUCUACUCCUGGAGUGCCCGGAUAUGGAGAUUUCUUAUGAUGCAGCCACUCACUACCUGUGCUUUAAAGGACUCCGUGCCAACGUGUAUAAAGUGAAGUGUGAAAUUCAGGAAAAGGUACACGCCAUGGCUCAGAAGAACAUUCAGAUCCCCUCUGAGGUUUGCCAGUUUCUGAAGCAGGUAGACUGUGAAGAAUUCUCUAAGUCUCUUUUUAUUGCAAAGAAAAUUCUUGCCAUUUAUGAGCUAAAGGGUACAGCUGUUCUCCUAACCAGCUCUUCUUCUGAAGUUCUAUUAGAAGCUGAAAAGCAAAUGGUCAAUUCCUUAAUUUAUAAACAUAUUGAAGUUGAAGACGGGGAAGUUCUUAAAGGAAAGAAAUGGAACGGGCUCACUUGCAAUUUGAUUAAGAAACAUAAUUCCUCCUCAAAAACUGUGAUAGUCAAUGAGUUGGUUUCAGAAACCACAGCUGAGGUCAUCAUUGCAGGCUGUGUGAAAGAAGUGAAUGAAAUCUAUGGCUUCCUUUCUGACUUUGUAGAGAAAAAUGUGAAAAUAGAGCGAUUGAUUGAGGUCAAGCCUCCCUUAGUUGUUGAUUACUUAAGGACAGAAAAGAGGCUCUUUUGGCCACAGAUAAAGAAGAAAAAUGUGCAAGUGUUUUUCAAUCCUGAGAACAAGCAAAAAGGCAUUCUGUUAAUUGGCUCCAAGACAGAAGUCCUGGAGGGAGUAAACAUUGUAGAACAAAUCCGGAAUUCAAUCUGUAUUAAAAUCAUCAACAUUAGUAAGCCAGGAGCCAGUCACUUCUUCCAGGAUAAAGCCCGGUAUUAUAAAAGUGAGGUCAAACGGCUCUUUGGUUGUUUUAUUGAACUACAAGAGAAUGAAGAAAAGGAGAAGGCAGGCAGCACUGGUGGGAAAAGGGUCUUCUCUCAGACAGAGUUGGCCACUGGAGUCUUGCUGAUUGUUCAGCAGGGCGACUUGACCAGGUUUCCUGUAGAGGUGAUUGUCAACGCAGCAAAUGAGGAACUCAAGCACAGUGGAGGCCUUGCCCUUGCUCUUUUAAAAGCAGCUGGCCCUGAGCUCCAAGCAGACUGUGAUCAGAUAGUAAAGAGAAAGGGCAACAUCCGGCCCGGCAAUGCUGCCAUCUCGAAAGCAGGAAGGCUCCCGUACAAACAGGUGAUCCACGCGGUUGGGCCCCGGUGGAAGAAAGACGAGGCCGUGAGGUGUGAGCGUCUGUUGAAGAAAGUGGUGGAAGAAAGUCUUGAUUUGGCUGAAGAACACAAGUACAAAUCCAUAGCCAUCCCAGCCAUUAGUUCUGGAGUCUUUGGCUUUCCCUUAGACCAGUGUGUGAGGACCAUUGCUUUGGCCAUUAAGGAAUACUUCCAGUACAACAGUGAUGGACACACCUUGAAAGAAAUCUACCUUGUGGAUACAGCCGAGAAGACGGUCGAGGCCUUUGCUGAAGCCGUGAAGACUUUGUUUAGAGACACACGGCCUGACAAGGCUCCCCUGCUCAGUUUACCAGCAGCGGGUCAGCCCCCCUUGAAACUUGAUGAAAACAAGAAACUUCUGGUGUCCCCAGAAGGUCUGAGGAUCCUUUUGGUGAUUGGAGAUGUGCAGGAUGCUAAGACGGAUGUUGUUGUCAACUCGGUUUCCUCGGAUCUUGAGCUUAAUAGAGGGCCCCUUUCCCAGGCCCUCUUGAAAAAAGCAGGCUCAAAGCUACAGGUGGAAUUGAACACAGUUGGACAAGGGUUGGCCAUGGAUGUGGGCGUAGUUCUCACAACCAGUGGUUGUGAUCUACCCUGCAAACGUGUGCUUCACGUGGUGGCUCCGGAGUGGAGAAAUGGCGACGCAUCGUCACACAAGAUGAUGGAAGACAUAAUCAACGAAUGUUUGAAGACCACUGAGAGCUUGUUCUUAGAAUCAAUUACAUUUCCAGCAAUAGGUACGGGAAAUCUGGGAUUUCCCAAAACCAUUUUUGCGGAGUUAAUCAUUUCAGAAGUGUUCAAAUUCAGUAAUAAGAAUCAACUAACCAAUUUAAAAGAGGUUCACUUUCUGUUGCACCCGAGUGAUCAUGGAAAUAUUCAGGCAUUUGCAGAUGAAUUUUCCAAAAGGGCUAAUGGAAAGCUCGUCAGUGACAAAACUCCCAAGGCUAAAAGUACACCAGGUUUCUAUGGGACCAUUUCCAACCCUGAUUUAGGAGUGCAUGAAAUGAAGAUUGGCCCCAUCGUGUUCCAGGUGGCCUCUGGAGAUAUCACCAAAGAAGAGGUGGAUGUGAUCGUAAAUUCAACAUCAAAGACAUUUAAUCUUAAAGCAGGGGUCUCCAAAGCAAUUUUGGAAGGUGCCGGACAAGAUGUGGAAACAGAAUGUGCUAGGCAAGCUCAACAGGGUAACAAAAAUUAUGUAAUUACUGACGGUGGAUUAUUGAAGUGCAAGAAGAUUAUUCAUGUCAUUGGUGGAGACAAUGUCAAGAAAUCAAUUUCCUGUGUUUUGCAAGAGUGUGAAAAAUGGAAUUACUCAACUGUUUGUCUCCCAGCCAUUGGGACAGGAAAGGCCCAAAAAGACCCUGAUCAGGUUGCUGAUGCUAUAAUGGAUGCCAUUGAAGAUUUUAUCCAGAAAGGAUCGGUCCAGACUUUGAAAAAAGUUAAAGUUGUUAUCUUUCUUCCUCAAGUAUUGGAUGUGUUUUAUGCCAGCAUGAGAAAAAGAGAAGGGUCUCAGGCUUCUUCCCAGCCAUCUAUGAUAUCUAAAUUUGCAUCACUUGUUGGCUUAUCCUGGCAAUCUCCCAAAAAACAGAAUCCUUUGAUUUUGGAAAAGAAAACAGAAUCAGCAAUUUUUCAGGUGUGUGGUGAAAAUGAAAAAAGUGUGGAAAACACUAUCUCCUGGUUACAGGAUCUCAUUAAAAAUGAACAGUUUACUUACAUCAACCAAGAUGACUGUAUCAAAAACUUUGAGGAAAAGGAAUAUCAGGAAUUGAAUAUGCUGCAGAAGAACUUAAAUAUUACCAUUUCCCUGGACCGUAAGAAACCCUUGAUUGAAGUUUUGGGAAUUAGCAGAGAUGUGAUAAAGGCAACAAGUACAAUUGAGGGAAUGAUCAAGAGAGUUAGAUUGGACAAAGAAAAGGAAUCCCGGGCUGACUGUAUUAGUGAAUUUAUAGAAUGGCAAUAUAAUGACAGUAAUACUUUUCAGCCUUUUGAUAAAAUGACCAAUUUGCAAUUGGAGGAUGCAAGGAGAGCAAAGAGAAAGACAAUUAGUGUCAAAAUUAAUAACCAGAGCUACACAGUGGACUUGAACACAAACACUGCUACAGAUGGAAGGGGACACAGUUUACCUGUUCAGCGUCUCACGAAAUCUGAAGUUGAGAUCCCUGCGCACUGGACUGAUAUGAACCAGCAGAAUUCCUGUGUGGUUGAGCUACAGCCUAGUCAACCAGAAUACAACACUGUGGCAAGCAAGUUUAAUCAGACCUGCGCAAACUUCCGAAUAGAGAAGAUUGAGAGGGUCCAGAAUCCAGAUCUCUGGAAUAGCUACCAGGCAAAGAAAAAAAUCAUGGAUGCCAAGAAUAGCCAGACACAAAAUGAGAAGUUCCUUUUCCAUGGGACAGAUGCGUCUUCAUUGCCACAUGUCAACACAAACGGCUUUAACCGCAGUUAUGCAGGAAAGAAUGCUGUGGCAUUUGGAAAAGGAACCUAUUUUGCUGUCCAUGCCAGUUAUUCUGCCAAUGAUACAUACUCCAGACCAGAUGGAAAUGGGAAAAAAUAUAUGUAUUAUGUGAGAGUACUUACUGGAAUCUAUACGCUUGGAAAUCACAGCUUAAUUGUGCCUCCUUCAAAGAACCCUCAAAAUCCUACUGACCUGUAUGACACUGUUACAGAUAAUUUGCAAAAUCCAAGUUUAUUUGUAGUAUUUUAUGACUACCAGGCUUACCCAGAGUACCUCAUUACUUUUAAACGAUAACAUUUUGGUGUCCUUCCCAAAAGACAUUAUUCAUCUAUACAUAUCUAGUUGUAAAACAAGUUUUAGUUUUUUGUUUUCUCUUAACAGUUCUUCGUCACUGUGAAAGUAGAGUUUCUUCAUCUUCUGUCUCAUCGUCUGGAAUGAACCUAUCUUGAGAGCAAAUAAAUUUGAGAAUUUAACUCAUAUAACUUAAUCACAUCUGUGUGUAAACAUCUUUGGACACCACUCCGUAGAAGAUAAGAAUAGGUUUAUAGUUUCAGGAAACAGAGAAUAACAUUAAUCUUAAAGGCUGAGGGCACAGCUAUUUAAUUUCAGCUGCCCCCGAAGGAUCACGUCAGGAUGUCGUAUCACUGUGAGGAGAACGGUAUUACUCCGUGGGUAAUAUUUCUCAGGGCACAAUGGUGUCUAUUCUUGUUUUUAUCCCCGGACCGAAGACCUUGCCUGAUGUGCAGUGGAUGUUCCAUUACGAUAAAAUGAUUAACAAAGAAAAAGCCUGGUUGGACCUCUACCCAAAGUAGGAACCAUCUCUUCAACAUCCUAGACUUACUGGCACUUUGCUUCCAACUGAACAAGGUUCCAUGACAGGGAGCUUCCUUCUUCAUGAACCAGCCCAUGAUAUGUAGAUAACUCCAGUCAGAGCUCUGGGAUCACAGUGCGCAACUCCAAGGGCUGUGAUUCAGCUUGUGGUCUAGGUGAGUAGUAUCCCAUGGACUUGUGCAGUGCAGCAGCCCCAGCUUCAAUUGCCAGAAGGCCUUUUUAAUUGAUGAAUCAAGUUCUGACUUAUAACUUUUACUCAUUCAUCUUACUUCUGCCCCGUGAAAACAAAUGGACAAUGCUGUCUGCAUCUUCAGUGUUGAAAACCUUCUACUCUUUUAAGCUUAAAUGAACUCUGAGGUUAUUAAAUAGCAUAUUUUCCUUGGCAGCCUAGAUUUUGAUGAUUUUAGGGCCUUGUGUAUAAAUAAACCAAAGGAAUUAAGCAGUCACAUUUCUAAUUUGCUAAUUCAGUAUCUUGUUAUUGGUCAAGGAAAGGCAAGUUGGCUUUUUUUUUUUAAUUCUCUAGGUAAAUUUCAGGUUCAGACAUCAUUUAUGAUCACCUAGGUUAUGCCAGGUAGUGUAAUAGCUGCAUUCACAUACAACACUAUUUUAUUCUCCCAAACAAUCCUGUGCAGCAAGAAUUAUAUCCCCAUUUUAAAGUUGAGAAAACUGAUACUCUGAGCCAGCAACUGAACCAGGUCCUUGUGACAUCAGACCCUUCACUCUGCCCCCUACAGCACAUGGCUUCUAGGCUAAUGCUGCUGAUUCAGGAACAUCUCAGACAAUUUGUGAAUUACCUUCAUAGUUCCUUUUCCUUCUGGCUUUGGUUUCCAUUUAGAGUCUUUUCGUUCAACUCUGUAGGCCAAGAGGCCAGAGAUAAUCCUCACGUGGCACCAGUGUAGAUGGGGCCCUCUGACACUAGGGCCUUGGAGGAUUAAGGUGCUCUUCCCUGCUACAGGGAAUACCACGUGCAUGUCAAGUGGAGGAGGUGGAGGGAGCCACAGCUGCUGCUUCAUUAACACAGACAUCUUACAGUUUCUCCUGUUGCUGUUUGAUUUUUAAGUGUAUUGCCAAAGGUUCCCUGUUGCUUAGCAGUGGCCAGCACUGAACUCAGUAUUGACAAUGAAUGUUAGAAAUUGGAAUAGAAAAAGAGAAACCUGCUUUUUGAUUUGCCUUUGUCCUCCAGUGGUUUGGUUAACUCAGGGCAAGGUUGAAUAUCAAGGUGUACUGCACUUAAGUGUAAUGAUCCGGUAAGUAACUGUUACAGUUAUCUUUAAUCUAAAGAAAUAUAUCAUUUUCCUCCAAUUUUGAAUAAAAUGCUUGAAAAUGUCA